AUGGCUUCACAAGUCAAAUUCUCAUUGUUUGCAGUUUUGUUCAUUGUUUUGGCUAUGGGGGUUGCUGCUCAUGAAGGUCAUCAUCACAUGUCUCCUGCAGAAGCACCUUCAAGUUAUGCAAGCAGCCUUAAUUACCAUGUAAUUGGUGGAAUUGUUCCUAUUUUCAUUGCAAUUCUCUUUGCCAGAAAUGUUGUUUCAACGAUGAUUGACGUUGAACUUGAUAGGGAAGACCACGGACCUUCGAAUCGGACUAAACUGGAAAUGUCUAAAUCAAAUCUUAUGACGGAUGAGACAACACAAAGCUUGGGAACUACUUCUACUCGAAGAAACAAAUCUUCUGUUUGGACUCACUUCACUCCUGAUUUAGAUUUGAUUGGUAUAGCUAGAUGCAACUACUGUGGCUCCAAGCUAAAGUCCAAUAAUGGAACGUCUUCCAUGGCUGCUCAUUCAAAGAAGUGCAAGAGUAAAAGAAUGAAAACAACUCCUUCAUCAACAACAAAUGUGGCUUCCCCUUCAACAAUGGUGUUAGUCAAAUUUGACCAAGAGAAAUGUCGAAAGACAGUGGUUGAGAUGAUUGUGGAAAUGGAGCUUUCGUAUAUGCAUGCGGAUCAUAAAGCUUUUCGUCGUUGUUUGAAUGUAUUUCAGCCAAGAUAUAUUCCAAUCUCCCGAAGCACUGUAGCACGUGAUGUUUUGUCUUUGUGGGAUUUUGAAAGGGAAAAAUUGAAGAGAUUUCUUUCCGAACAUUGUCGAAGUGUGUGCUUGACCACAGAUGGUUGGACUUCAUGUCAAAACAUGAGCUACAUGUGCAUAACAACACAUUUUAUAGACAAUAACUGGACAUUGCACAAGAAGAUUUUGAAUUUUGUUCAAGUCUUAAGCCAUUCAGGAGAAGUAAUUGCAAAUACGAUUUCACAAUGCUUGGACAAUUGGGGGUUGAAAAAUGUUUUGAGUGUGACAGUUGACAAUGCGUCAUCAAAUGAUCGCGGGAUUGAAAAUCUCAAAAGGAGGCUAAGUUUGAGAAAUAAUUUGGUUCUGAAUGGAGAUCACUUUCAUACAAGAUGUUGUGCACACAUCAUGAAUUUAGUGGUUAAAGAAGGUCUAAAAGAAAUUGAUAUUUCAAUUUCAAGAAUUAGGGGUGCUGUCAAGUAUGUUAAGUCUUCUCCGAGUCGAGAACAUAAGUUUUUCGCAUUUGUUAGAAGUAGACAUAUUCAAUACAAGGGUAGUGUUCAAUUCGAUUGUGAUACUCGAUGGAAUUCAACAUAUGACAUGUUGAAGGCUGCUCUACAACUUCAAAUAGCCUUUCUUGAGUUUGAGAUUAUCGAUGCUAAGUAUUGUGAAGAACUUGAGAAAGGGAGUGGCAUUCCUACCGCUUUAGAUUAG